AUGCCCGCCUCCGGGAGUCCAUCGAGGGUCGAGAAGUUGAGCACGAAUCGCGAAGACGGUAGCUACGUGACAUGCACCUGGAGCGCGGGCGGCUCGUCGGGCCUCGCGUGCCUCGUGCCUGCGUGCGAGAAGUCGAAGGCGAACUCGAAGGCGGGCGAAGGAGACCCUAGCAACUGCGCCGUCGUCGUGCUCCGCGACCUCUGCGUCCGGGGGAGGUGGGAGGGGAGAGCUCUUGCUUGCCCCGACUCGGGGCGCAGGAACCUACGGCGCGCAGAGGAGGUGCUCAGCGUUCGGCGGCAGCGUGCGCAGCAGCAGCAGCAGCAGCAGCAGCAGCAGCACAAGCUUGGACGCGAGCCCGAGCAGACCGAGCACGGGCUGAUCGAGGCGCGGCUGUGGACAAGCUCGAACGGCACAGCUUUGUCAACGUUUGUGCGCGCGGAACAACACCCACAUGCACCAAAGCGUGGCGGUCAGGAAGGAAUUGAGCCCAGCCGGCCUGAUAGCGUUCAAUGUGAACGCUGA